GCCCCAAAAGAACAAUCAGCGUAGAGACAAGAAAGAACCAGAAUGAAGCAGGCGAGACAGAAGCAAAAAUAACUCCAACAGAGAGAGAAGUUCUCAACGUCGGGGACGAUGGAAAAAACAACUGAGAGACAGAUACAAAGUCAACAAAAGACAGAUUGAAACAAAAGGAAAGAAUUACUUUCAGGAAGAGUUUGGCAGCAACCAGGACUCAUCUGACCCAGAAGAGGACCUUUCUGGGGGGGUUCCUGAAUAGCAAUGGACUAUGAACCCAAGAAAUCCAAGAAGAGUUUUGUCUCGCCCAUCAAGCGGCUCGUCUGGUCAAAAUCUGGUCGCAGGCCGGUGGAUCGAGGCAGCGUUUACCGGCGCCCGCUGCACACUGUCCCUCUCUAUCCCCCGGAUUACCUCAUUCACCCCGAGAGACUCAUCUUCGACUAUGUGGAGAAGGAGGUCAAGUUCCUUGGUCACCUGACGUGGGUGUCGGUUUCACUGAACCCCUCCAGCCGAGACGAACUGCUACAACUACUGGACACAGCCAGGCAGCUGAAGCUGCUCCCGCUGAAGACCAGUGUGGAUCAGGACUGCAUUCUGAGUCUCUCCGCUCGCUGUCUGCUGCUCACAUGGAGGGACAACGAGAAGCUGCUGGUGAGGAUUCCCACACAUGAGAUCGCUGCUGCCUCCUACCUGAGAGACGAUGCGCUGCACCUGCUGGUCCUCAAGACAGGCCUUAACGUGGAUACAGUGGUUGCCGGGGACGACAGCUUGGACAGGAAAAAGCCGACAGGCGUGGAUGGCCGACGCCAAACCAUGAGCCACAACGCCGACCCUCGGCCUGCGGGGGGCACGAUGGAACGACGGCACACCAUCUGUGGAGUCGACUGGAGGCCGUCGCUGUCCAGGAGUAACCACGACAAGAACCAGAAUGUGGAGAGAGGAGGAGGAGGAGGUGGUGGAGGAGGAGGAGGAGGAGGAGGAGCAGGAGGAGGAGGCGGCGGGGGGAGUUUAGAGAGGAAGAGAGUUGGAGGGAGCUGGGAGAAGAGGCAGCAAACACGCAAAACCGGAGGCAGCUGGGAGAACCGCAGGGCACGACCCAUGAGCGGCAGUUGGGGGGUGGGGGUGGGUGGCGUUGGCGGAGGGAGCUGGGAGAAGAGGCAUGGAGGGGGAGGCGGUGGGAGCUGGGAGAGGAGGGGGGGAGGCAGUGGCGGUGGGAGCUGGGAGCGGCGGCAGGCCUGCACCGGGAGCUGGGAGCGGGGGAAGAGCUACGGCAGCUGGGAGAGGAGGAACCACAAUCCCCUGGAGCCGACGCCCUGCCCCGACGCCUACUGCAACCUGGUGCUGCUGGCUGUGGAGAACAGGGAUGCUGCAGAGGAGUACUGUUCUCUGAUCUGCCAGAUGUUCCAGAUCAUUUACGGCCAUCAGACCAUCGAGUGUGUCGACAGAGCGGGAUUCCACCACUCCAUGCCAGACCGCUAUUGGCUGGAGAGGAGUGACAGCUGUCUGACUGACGUGUCCUACGGUUAUGAUCCGGAGUUUAGCUGCUGCAGCUCAUAUGAUGGAUCCCAGGAUGCUUUUGAGCUCUACUACAGCGAAACGUACAGCGAGAGUUCAUCUCUCUCACCGCAGGACUCCCAUCGCAGCCUGGCCUCGGCCAGUGAAGGAGGAGACAGUAACCCCGCCCUGGUGCUGAUGCAGGAGUACAUGAUUACUCUGCGUAACAAGCUGAGUCCGGUGGAGUUGCAGCACUUUGCGGUGCUGCUGAGGGAAUACAGACUUGCAUCAAACAUUGACCACUUCUGCUCCGAGCUCCUGCAUCUGUACGGAGACAACCGCAAGUUCCUGCUGAUGGGCAUGCGUCCUUUCAUCCCGGACAAGGACGUCGGGGUGUUUGAGAGUUUCCUGGAGAGCAUCGGGAUCCGCGAGGGGGGUAUUUUAACUGACAGCUUUGGACGCAUCAAACGCAGCAUGAGCAACACAUCAGCCACGGCCAUGAGAGGGUAUGAUAACGGCUCUCUGGCUUCGGGAUCUCAGGAAUUCAACCGACGCAUUACUGACAUCACCCACGACAUCCAGGCCCUCGGCUUCCAGGACAAACAUGGGGACAUUUUGGAGGAAGACUAUUACCUUUGAUGCAGCUACGAAAGGAAAAGGGAGAUCAAUCGAAUCCUUGUCAAAUUCCGUUUGAACUUUGAAUCUGCCACCGUGCACCUGAGCAAGAGCAGCGCAUCCGCAGUUCAUUUCAUGCUCAUUACUGGACAUUUAACCGUAAAUAUAAAAACUUGACAGAGGCAGCUUUUGAAAUGUUGGCAAUGCCAUUUCAAAUGAAAAUCAAAACUCUAAUGAUUGUGUAUUCACGUGUAUCAGUAUUUCAGUUUUAUAAAAAUGUAUCUGAAUGAAACAGAA